AUGGUGAUAUCCGAUAAUGAAGACAAUGAGGAGAUUUUCGGAGACUCGGAUGGGGAGUCCGAGGGCUCGGACCAGGAAGAGGAGCCAAAGGGCCCAGAGAACUCGCUUGCUGGGAAGAAUUUUGGUAGCGACCAUCAAGUGUUAGGGAACCCUCCCAAAGAUGUUUCUGGCCCGAGCUCGGGUGGUAGCACUUUCUUUACCUUCUCAGAUCCGAUCUGUGACUCCCUGGGCUGCUAUCCGCCGAAGGAGCUAGACGAGAUGGAAAGACUUCGUUCCCAGCUGCAACAGGAACAGGGACGAGCCCUAGGGAUGGAAAUUCAACUAUCCGAAGCUAAAGCUGAGAUUUUUAGCCUAGAUAGAGAUGCCGCCUCCGAAUAUCGUCGAGUGAAGAAGAAGUUAGAGAUUAAAUCAGGUCAGGUAGCCACACUUCAACAUGAAAUUCACAAUAAAUAUGAUAAGAUCGAUCGUCAGGCUUCAAAGAUUGAGGAGAUUCAGUCCGAGUUACUUCGAUAUCAAAGGUUUGAGUACGUGCCCGACGAGAUGGAUAAUCUUCGGGUCUAUUUAAUCCAGGAUCAAAGGGCCUCUUCCGAGAAAAGUUUGUUGGCCGAGUCUUUGGAGAGUCAGUGUGGAUCGUUGAGACUUCAGAUUAGGGACCUGCACUCGGAUCAUAGGCGGCUGUUGCAGGCAAAAGAUAGUGCCGAGAGAUCCACACAAGAGUUAGAAGGGAGACUUCAGAACUUUAAUCAGAUAUCCAAAGAGUUGGAAUGGGUUCAGGCUCAGUUGUCUGUUAAAGGUGCUGAUCAGUUUGUUAUGUUCGCAGUUGAGCAAGGGAAAGUUCGAUCCUUGGAGGAGGAGGUGACUCGAUUAAAGGCAAGCGAGGCUCAGCUGAUCGGGAAGGUUACCUUUGCUGAGACUGCUUCAGCACAAUUGACUCUCCAAGUUGCAGAGGAAAAAGGGAGAUUUGCUACCGAGUUGGCUGAGAAGGUCAAGGCGGGUAUAAAGGAGUUUCGUGAGAAGAAGCGAGAUGAUCUUGCUGCUAAGAAGGCAGGAUCUGAUUCGGCUCCUCCAAAGGAGUAA